AAGGUGUCAGAUCCGAGGCUGUAGAGGAUGAUGUUUCGCAUCAAAGUCCUGAUUCAUUUUGUGAUUCUGCUGGUCUCUCAGACGCACGCAACAAUUAAAUACAAAGUGCAAUCCGUGGAUUGUAACAGCAAGGUUUCAUUGGAGUGUGAAAAUGGAACCACCAAGAAGUUCUCUGCAGUCGCCUGGUACAAGAUGGUCAGUGGGAAGGACAUUUUCCUAGUCAGGAUGGAAAAAGGACAGCGUGUUGAGAACUACAGCAAUGAUACACGCAUGACUCUGAGCAAGAAUAAGAGCCUGAUAAUCAGCACUGUUACCCCCAAAGACUCAGGACUGUACCAGUGUAAAAUCUACGCCUCUGUAGGUGGCGCAAAUGCAAUCUCAGGAGUCAACCUGACCAUCCGAGAGUGCGUAGAGACAACAUUAGUGACGACAUUUAUGACAUCUGUAACAGCGGUGACCCACUCGUUGACCAGCCCACAGCUGCAGGUGGACCUCCACGACGUCCUGCCAGUCACCUGGUCUAUUGGAGUAUUUUUGGUUGUGGUUGUCUGCAAGAUAGCUCUGUCUCUCAUUGCCAUCAAGGUGCGGACGAUGUGUGCAUCAGCAUCAGUCAAUGCAUGA